AUGCGCCAAACCCUCCAAACGCCACUCUUGGAGAUGGAAUUUGAAAUUGACGAGGAAGAAGAAGGAAUCGAUGAAUGGAAGGUGCAACUUCAACACCGGCUGGGGAAGAGGCUCGAUCAAAUUGAGUGCAACUCGUCCAUGAUUUAUGGGGACAAUCAAUCGAUGCCGAGCUCGCUCGUUGAUGGAUUUAAUUCCACACAACAAGGACAAAUCAAAGAACUAGAACUCAAUGACUAG